UUUUACCAAACAAAGCAAUUUUUUACAGUGUCGUUAAACACUUUACAUCUUACACUAUAUCUUAUAAUAAAAGUGUAUAAAUAAAUAAAUAUAUGAAUAAUUGUUUAAAAACAUAUAUAUAUAUAUAUAUAUAUCAGUUUUUAAUUAUUCCUAAACUUGUUCGCUUGUGUCUGAAAAGUGUCGCUGUUAGAAAGAAAUUAAAUAUGAAUGUAACAUUUUAUACUUCCUCAGAGAAUUCAAAACCAUUGGAUGUGUUUUGGCAAACAAAAUCUGAGUUAGUUAGCUACGCUAUCAUAUUACUUUUAUUAAUUAUUUGGUUUCGCAUCAAAUGGAAUCGUAGAUUUAUUGAUAGAUUUGCGGCUAAAAUACCAGGGCCUCCAUCAUAUCCAUUAAUUGGUUCAGGACUAGAAUUUGUGGGAACAUCACAAAAUGUUAUGGAAAAUUUUAUUAAGUUAAAUAAUCAGUACGGUCCGGAACCAUUUAAAAUCUGGUUGGGUUCUUCACUCGCUUUAAAUGUAACAAAGCCAGAAGAUUUACAAAUUAUAUUAAAUAAUUCUAACGCUUUUGACAGAGGUAAAUUAGCUAAAAUUAUGAGUGCUGUUUUUGGAGAAGGAUUGAUUACUGCUUCUGUUCCUAAAUGGAAAAUACAUCGACGAAUUAUCUCUCCUUUUUUUAACACUUCUUCCAUAAAUAAAUGUUUGCCAAUUUUCAAUGAAAAUAGUGCAAGUUUCAUAUUAAAUCUUCAAAAAGAACUGCGAAAUUCUGAGUCAUUUAAUAUUUGGGAUUAUGUUAAUUCUGUUUCUGUUAAUUCAAUAUGUGAAGCAGCACUGGGAUAUCAUCGUGACGAGGAAGAUGAUGACAAAUCUGAAUUUUUUUAUUUAGUGACAAAAAUUACAGAGCGAGUUAAUGCCAGACUAAAUAAGCCAUGGUUGUAUCCUGAUUUUAUUUUUAGUAUUUAUGGAAAAAUUACAGGCUUGAAUCAAAUGUAUGAAAAUUUAUAUAAAUUUCCAAACAAAAUAAUUAAAGAAAGAAAAAGCCAGUAUGCUCAAAGGAAGAAAACCAACCACAGUUCUUUAAACUUAACCAACAAUGAAGAAAAACAAAAACCAGUAUUUUUGGAAUUAUUGUUGGAGUUAAAUGAUGAAGGAGCCUAUUUUUUAAACAAUGAUUUAAGAGAUGAAGUUUUAACUAUGAUGAUUGCAGGCAGUGAGACUAUUUCUAUAACCAUUUGUUUCUGUAUUUUAAUGUUAGCUAUCCAUCAGGACAUUCAGGACAAAGUUUAUGAUGAAAUCUACCAAGUAAUGGGAGAAAGUGAUCGAAAAGUAAGAAUUGAAGAUACGGUUAAGUUUGUAUAUUUGGAACAAUGUAUCAAGGAAACUAUUCGAAUGUAUCCCGUAGCGCCAGUGAUAAUGAGAUAUCUUCAAGAUGAUGUCAAAAUGAGUAACUACACAAUUCCAAAAGAUACUACUAUUUUUAUACCAAUAAUAGUCACUCAUCAUCUACCAGAAUUAUAUCCAAAUCCCUGGGAGUACAACCCAGAUAAUUUUGAUCCAGAAAAUGUUGCAAAACGACACAAGUAUAGUUUUAUUGCGUUUAGUGGUGGACCUAGGAAUUGUAUAGGACAAAAGUAUGCAAUGUUAUUAAUGAAAGUUCUGCUAGCAACAUUUUUACGUAACUAUAGUGUUCAUACUAAAUACAAAAUGUCUGAUAUAAAGUUAAAAUUCGAAUUAUCGAUAAAAAACGCUGAUGGAUAUCAAGUAACAAUACGCCCAAGAGACAGAAAACCAAUUUACAAAAUAUAAUUGAAUUAAAAAAAAAAAAUUUUUUUUUAAAUAGUAUAACAAAUUUAUUAUGAGUAAUUGAUAAUAUUUUUUCAUCAUUCAACUAGUAAUUAUUUUAAUAGAUAGAAUGAAUAUGUAACGUCGGUGAAGUAUUUUGACUAUUUUUAAAUCUAAUAAAAAUACCAAUUUUUUUUUUUUUGUAUUAAAAAUAAAUAAUAAUAAUUAAUUUGUUUGUAGUUUAGAAUGCAGAAUGUUUUAAAAAUAAAAUAAUUGUGAAAUGGUUAUCAAAUAAAAAGUUAUAAGAGCUGUCAGUUAAUUUUAGCCAACAAUUGAAAUCGUUAUUUUUAAAAUUGCAGUUUAAUCAACAAAAACAAUAAUUUUAAAUACCUAUUAUGCAUAUUUUUCAUUUAGCAGGUAGUUUAUAUACUUUUAAAACAUAUUAUAUACAGGGUGGCCCACCACUCACUGACAACU